AUGCCUUUUAAACCCUUCCGGCCACCGCUGAUCAAAAAUUCACCGUCAACAUCAGCAUGUGUCGAGUCUACCGGGGAUUCUGGUCAUCUCACUAAACGUCGAAGAAUCACUGCUGAAAGCUCUGACCUAGCAGCUAGUGAUAAUGAUGGUAAUGGGAAACGUACAAAAUCAGAACAUGUACCCAGGGUGUCUAAUCCAAGCUCAAAGUUGGUCUCUGACCGAAGGGCGCUGGUUCCGAAGUGGAAUCUACCAAUGGAGGUGAAUGUGGAUGAUGGUGAUGAUGAUACGUCAGCGGCGGAUUUUGGGAUGGAAACAUAUUACAACGUUCUCUGGCGGAAACCUACUGUCAAAAAGCAUAAAACGUGGGAUGGUGAUGGAAUCCUAACUGUCCGUGGUGGUUAUGCGUCUCUGCAGGACAUAUCUGGGCGGGAUUUUGGGAGAAUCAUGUUCAAUUCUCCUCUCCUGCCCGGUUCGACAAUAUCGGUUGGUGGAAAAGAAGUUGAAGUUGAUUCUGUCUUGUCGAAGAACGAGUUCCUCUCUGGUCGGCCAUUUUUAGGUGCCGCCAAACCUUUACCUGCGACCAUACCCAUCGACAAAUCCAAUGAAAAUGCCGGUGAUCCAGUUCACUUCCCCCUAAAGCCAAAAUCACUCGCAAGAACAGAGACAACGAAAGGAGAAAAGAGACUCCUUAACAUAGCUGCGCCUAGAAGCUUUGCGGCGAAGAAUGUCUUCAAAAAUCCUCUCAAAGAUAGCACUGUACUAGUGCAGAAGCCUGAUAGCAGUCCCAUUCCACGACAUGAUCCCACGGCUCCUGGCGCGGUCAUCAUGAAACGGCCAACGUCAGUCCCUAAAGGCAAACAAAUUGUUGAUGUCGUCCUUGAUCCGCUUCUGGCUAAACAUCUCCGUGAGCAUCAGCGAGAAGGUGUUAAAUUUCUCUACGAGUGUGUCAUGGGAAUGCGAUCUUUCAAUGGUGAAGGGGCGAUCCUCGCAGACGAAAUGGGUCUAGGGAAAACCUUGCAGACCAUAGCUCUUAUAUGGACCCUCUUGAAACAAAACCCGAUAUACGAGGCUCAACCAGUGGUUAAAAAAGCCCUGAUAGUUUGUCCCGUCACAUUAAUCGAUAACUGGAGAAAAGAGUUCCGGAAAUGGUUAGGUAAUGAACGCGUCGGUGUAUUUGUGGCUGAUACCAAAAGGACCAGACUCACCGAUUUUACCAUGGGCAAGAGCUAUAGCGUUAUGAUCAUCGGAUACGAGCGUCUCCGAACUGUACAAGAGGAGUUAUCGAAGGGAUCUGGGAUUGAUAUUGUCAUUGCGGACGAGGGGCAUAGGAUGAGGACUGUCCAAAACAAGAGUGCACAAGCGAUACAAUCGUUAAAUACUUCAAAACGAAUCGUUCUCUCCGGAACCCCGAUCCAGAAUGACCUAACUGAGUUUUUUGCCAUGGUUGACUUUGUCAAUCCUGGCCUUCUAGGAACAUUCAAAAUGUUCAUGAAAGAAUUCGAAGGGCCAAUUGUGAAAAGCAGACAGCCAGGGGCUUUGGAAAAGGACAUCGAGAAAGGAGAAGCGAGGAGUGAGGAAUUGUCAAACCUGACGUCUUUGUUUAUUUUGCGGCGAACUGCGGACAUCCUCUUAAAGUAUCUGCCUCCCAAAACCGAAUAUGUCCUACUCUGCAACCCUACCUCUUCUCAGAAAAAUAUCUAUCACCAUGUUCUCAGUUCUCCAAUUUUCCAAUGCGCUUUGGGAAAUUCGGAGAGUGCUCUACAGCUUAUUACCAUUCUCAAGAAACUGUGCAACAGCCCUUCCCUCUUAAAGCCUAGAAACUCCGAUCAAACUCCCAAUUCUACCCUUGGUGCCUUAAUUUCCAGUCUUCCGCCAACUGUUCUUCGAUACCUAUCUCCUGCUUCGAGCGGUAAAAUCAGAGUCCUUGACCAGCUACUUCAUAAUAUACGUCAUACUACGUCCGAAAAGGUUGUCCUUAUAUCAAAUUACACAUCCACGCUUGAUCUCCUUGCGACAUUUCUUACUUCCCUAUCGUUGCCAUUUCUUCGCCUGGACGGCUCCACCCCACCUUCAAAACGACAAGGGCUCGUUGAUGAUUUCAACCGCUCAUCCUCAUCUUCAGUAUUCGCAUUUCUUCUCUCAGCCAAAGCGGGAGGUACAGGUCUCAACCUUAUUGGAGCCAGCCGGCUCAUUCUUUUUGAUGUUGAUUGGAACCCCGCAACGGAUAUACAGGCAAUGGCGCGAAUACAUCGUGAUGGUCAGAAACGACAUUGCCGAGUCUAUAGACUUGUGCUGAAAGGAGCACUGGAGGAGAAGAUUUGGCAAAGACAGGUCACUAAGAUAGGACUGGCAGACAGCGUGAUGGAUCAAAAAACUGGUGUCUCUCAAUUUUCGCGUGAGGAACUUAAGGAUUUAUUUCGCCUUGACGAAGGGACUACUUGCCAAACACACGAAUUAAUCGGUUGUCAAUGCGGUGGUAGGGGAAAACUAGAUAUCUCGAAAUCUGACAAUCAAACCGAAGUUUCGGAUGUGGACUCUGAGGACAAUGAAGACGAAAUUAUUGAUUUCACAAAGCUGAUAAAGGCCUCGCGGCUCCAACCCUUAAAUUCAGAAAAUAUAGCGACGAGCAGGCGUAAAUCCAGGAACGAAAAAUCCAAAAUGCUCUCCUUGAUGCAGUACACUCAUAUCGACCCUUCUCUGCUUUGUUGUGCGCCAUCGCUUGAUACAUCCCCGGAAGAUUUUAACACUGGGAACAACAAAGAACUCGAGGCCCAUAUCGACGACGGUGUCCUACUAUCACUAGUGAAAGAGGAAGGUAACGGCGUGGGAUUUUUGUUCAAGAAAUGCGCAUCUUCUGGAAUGCCUUUGACCUCCAUUUAA